AUGCGUGCCACGCAGGCGCUGCACAGCUCCUUCUCCCCGCUGGCGAGCCGGUUCGGCCGGUCAAGUGCCAGCAGUGAUGAAGAUGAGCUGCCCGAGGCACCUGACAUGACGCCGUGGGAAUUCUCGCAAAUUGAUGAGAAAAGACCUUUCCCAUGCAGCUAUCCUGGAUGCUGUUCCUUUCAUGAUGCGGACAAUGGAUAUUGUGAGGAGCAUCAAUGGUUUGGGUUUGGCAGUAGGCUGUGCCGUGCUAUGAAUACUACGCGCCAGCAUCUUGAGCUUGCGCUCCUCAUCCUCAUACAGGCAGCGGCAGAAGUUGAGAGCCGUUAUCUUUUGCUUCUGAUUGCAUUCAGCUUGGCUCCUGUAGCUUGUUACAGCAUAUGGCAGUCCACUGGCAUUGCUACGACAUCUGCUUUUCUGCUGUUUGCCUGUUGUUUACUCUUGAGUAUUGGAUACACCACGGUUCGUUUGAACCGGAUGCAAGAGCUGUCGAAGAAGCUGGAAGUACAAUCGGAGAGCUUGUAUGCAAAGUAUCUACAGCCAAACAUGACGACCUUGCUCGGUGAUGAUGUCCAAGAAAACCCUUUCCAGCGCAUCAACAGUUUGAAAGAGCACUUUCUGGAAGCGCGAAGACACUUUGAGAAGUUCAAUCGCGAACUGUGCCUGCCAUUGCGUGACUUUUUGGAUGCUCAGCCAGGGUUUGCGUUGAGUCACAGGGUGCAGCCAGCGCUGAAGUCACUCCCGUUGGCACAAGAAGCUGUUGCAAAGAGAGGUGAUCCCAAUCAGGUUCUGGAUCUCUUGUAUUGCGAAGUGACAUUUGCCGAUUUCGACAGUCUGUCACAUGCCUGGCAAUUUCUUCGAACAAGAGUUGAGGGUGAUGACUUGAGUGGUGUGGAGAUCGCCUGUAUGUACGAUUCCUUUGCCCUUGCCCAUAGUGACUUGAGAUGUUCAGAGCUUGUCUGCCGGGUGGACGGCUAUUUGGCCACCCUCCGAUUUUUCGUCGCACCCUUGCGUGAGCUGCAGCUGCAAGUGGAUGCAGUGCACAGCCUGGCUCAGCAACUCGGGUUAAGCGAUGCGCGCAGAGAAGCCUCCCAUGGACGACCGCGCAGGCAUCCAUUGCUGGCCACGGCCAUGUUUUCCAUGCGUGUCAUUGCUUUGCUCGCAGCAAUGUACCUUGGUGGACAAUACUUUGUUCGCUACAGCCCUUCAUCAUUCCGUUCAACAGUGCAGCUGUUUAAUCAAGUAUUUGCUUUGAAGCAGCUUGAGCAGCCUGGUGAGCUGCCUGAAGAGCAUCGGUUCAAUUGGUUGCCAUCCGUUGUCCUUUCCUUGCCAUAUCUAGCGCUGAUACUUGUUCUUGUGUGGGACUUGGGCAGCUUUCAGGCAAAAUAUCGGAAGCUAAAACCCACUCAGCUGUUGUAUGAGAAGUACUUUGGUGUGCGAGGGCGGUUCUACAGCAUCAAGGUGGCCAUACUACAGCUUCUAACUGUGCUGCUCCAGGCUUUUGGAAAGCUUCAGAUCUUGGGUGGAAUCGUAUCCCUUUCACUGCAGCAAUCAAAACUCUCGGAUGUGCUUGAACGCUGCUUUUGGACUUUUGUCGGCUUCCUUUGCCUGAACAGCCUCUAUCCAAGCAUUUUAUUUGUGUACCCCUCAAGGAAGUGGGCACGACUGGGGGGGGCAAUGAUGGAUGCUAUUCUUGAUAUGGCCUACACCAUCACGUACCUCGUUUUUACCUUGCUUGCCAUCUAUGAGCUAGGAUUGGAGCAAGAAAUAUCAGGGAAUUUCGGUGAUGAAGAAGCAGUGAAGUUUACUGCGAAGUUGGAUCCAGCUUUGGCCUUUCCUUCGGACUUCUUGGGAUACUUUGCUGUCUACUAUUCGGUUGCCCAUGUUUGUGUUCUCCGCCUUACAGAUGUGAGUCUAAGCGGUAAGAACAUCAGCAAUGUCAGAGAGGGCGCCUUUGAGUCUUCGCGUCGCUUGCAGCGCUUGUCGCUUUCGGGGAAUCCCUUGUAUUUUUUGCCCAAGAAGAUCUUUUGGCCGCUCAAAGACUUGCAACUCUUGGACCUGGGUCGGAUGGGUUUGCAAAGUGUAGAGUCUGAGACUUUCGAAGGUUUGUCUGGAUUGAAAGUUCUUUCGCUCAGUCAAAAUGAAUUGCAGCAGCUCCCAAAUGACCUCCUUUACCCAAUGCCAGCCUUGGAACAGUUAUUGCUCGGGGGCAACAUUGAAGGGCGCACACGCAUUGAUGGAAACCAAUUGGAAGCUCUGCCGGCUGAUCUUUUUCAGCGCAGUCCUUGGCUGAGGGUUCUGGACCUUAGCGAGAACCAAUUGAGGGCACUUCCAGCACAGAUAUUUGGACACACCCCGUUGCUGCGGACGCUUGACCUGGGAUCCAACGAUCUCAUAGAGUUGCCCUUAGACGUUUUCGAGGGUUUGAGCAAUUUGCAGACACUUGACCUGGGGGGAAACAACUGGAUCAUUGAGUUGCCCUCAGGCAUUUUUGCCGGCUUAAGCAAUUUGCGGAUGCUUGAUCUGGGACGCAACAAUCUCAGAGAACUGCCCUCGGACGUCUUUAAAGGCUUGAGCAAUUUGCAGAUGCUUGAUCUGCGACAUAACGUGCUCAGAGAGUUGCCCUCAGAUGUCUUUGCAGGCCUGAGCGAGUUGCAGAUGCUUUACCUGGCAUGGACCUGGCUCACAGAGUUGCCCUCGGGCAUUUUUGCAGCCUUGAGCAAUUUGCAGACGCUUCACCUGCAAGAAAACUCGCUCAGAGAGUUGCCCUCAGAUGUCUUUGCAGGUUUGAGCAAGUUGGAGACGCUUGAUCUGGGAUUCAACUGGCUCGGCGAACUGCGUUCAGAU